GAAUGCGCGACGGUUGACCUCAAGAUAACCAUCCCUUAACACACUCAUACCUGGUUGUCCCAGAUCGGAAACUCCACUGCGCCUCUCUACCUCCAGCAAUACCACCAUACGAGAUCUGCCCCCAAAAGUCUGUAUACUAUUCAUGCUCCUCUUGCGUAUCUGAGGUCUCCCUCGCAGGGCAACUUCAGCUUUGGCGCCUCUUUGACUCGAAGGCGAACCAUCAACACCUUUUGCGUCGCCGAACUUGUCACCCCUCGGCGGUUCUCAUCCACACCUCCCAAACACCUGAUUCGAUCUCAACAUGGCGGAAUAUGAGGAUGGAUACGAAUAUGAUGAUUACGAGGAGGAAGAUGCGGGAAUCACGGCCGAGGACUGCUGGUCCGUCAUUUCAGCCUUUUUCGAGACCAAAGGCCUGGUGUCGCAGCAGCUAAAUUCAUUCAAUGAAUUCGUCCAGACUACGAUGCAGGAGCUAGUAGAGGAGAAUUCACAGCUCACCCUCGACCAAAAUAACCCGCCAUCCCACGAUGAGAAUAAUCCCAUUGCGCUCCGUCGUUAUGAAAUCAAAUUCGGUACCAUCUUGCUGUCGCGACCUGCCAUGACCGAAGGUGAUGGAAGUACUUCAGUCAUGUUACCACAAGAAGCACGACUUCGUAAUUUGACCUACUCGAGUCCGCUAUACCUCGAAAUGACGAAGAAGGUUUCAGUCGCCGUUGAACGACCGAUUCCAAUUGACGAGAUGGACGAAGAACAAAAUGAUGAGUUUCAGCGAACUGGCGAGAUGCCUACGAGACUUCUUUGGGAGGAUGAGGAGUCAGGACGGGACAUUUCGGAAAAGACAGAUACGCCAGCUGAUCGAGUAUUUAUUGGGAAACUGCCCAUCAUGCUGAAAUCAGAAUACUGCAUUCUUAGGCACCUCGACGAAGAUGAGCUCUACGGUUGGAACGAAUGCCCUUAUGACCAAGGUGGUUAUUUCGUUAUUAAUGGGAGUGAGAAGGUCUUGAUUGCCCAAGAACGAAGUGCUGCAAAUAUUGUGCAGGUUUUCAAGAAAGCCCCACCAAGUCCAACUCCUUACAUUGCAGAGAUCCGAAGUGCCCUUGAAAAGGGUUCUCGACUGAUUUCUUCAAUGACCAUCAAGCUGUUCGCAAAGGGCGACGGACAGAGAGGUGGUUUCGGCCAAACAAUCAAGUCCACGCUUCCAUACGUCAAGAGUGACAUUCCUAUUGCUGUUGUAUUUCGAGCACUCGGUGUCGUUUCCGACGAGGACAUUUUAAAUCACAUUUGUUAUGACCGUGGCGACACUCAAAUGCUGGAAAUGCUCAAGCCCUGUAUAGAAGAAGCGUUUGUCAUUCAAGAUCGAGAAGUUGCUCUGGACUUCAUCGGAAAGCGUGGUAACAGUACCACAUUGACUCGAGAGAAGCGUGUGAAACAUGCCCGCGACAUUAUGCAAAAAGAGCUACUACCUCACAUUUCGCAGAAAGAGGGCAGUGAGACUCGAAAAGCAUUCUUCUUGGGCUACAUGGUUCACAAGAUGCUGCAAUGUUCGCUUGGGCGACGAGAGACUGAUGACAGAGAUCACUUUGGAAAGAAACGUUUGGAUCUUGCUGGACCUUUACUUGCCAAGCUUUUCCGUAACUUAUUCAAGCGACUCACCGGAGAUGUUUACAAAUAUCUUCAACGUUGCGUGGAAAACAAUCGGGAAUUCAACCUUACUCUUGGAGUAAAAUCCACUACGAUUACGAAUGGUCUAAAAUACUCUCUGGCUACCGGAAACUGGGGAGACCAGAAGAAGGCUGCCCAAUCAACGGCUGGUGUUUCCCAAGUGCUGAAUCGCUAUACAUUUGCUUCAACCUUGUCUCAUUUGCGACGUACGAAUACCCCAAUCGGUCGUGACGGAAAGAUCGCUAAACCACGUCAAUUGCAUAAUACCCAUUGGGGGCUGGUCUGUCCCGCUGAAACUCCUGAAGGGCAAGCAUGUGGUUUGGUCAAGAAUUUGGCCCUUAUGUGCUAUAUCACAGUCGGUUCCCCGAGUGAGCCCAUCGUGGAAUUCAUGAUUCAACGAAACAUGGAAGUCUUGGAAGAGUAUGAGCCUCUACGAUCGCCAAAUGCCACGAAGGUUUUCGUCAACGGUGUUUGGGUUGGUUGCUCACGGGACCCAGCACAUCUCGUGAAGACUGUCCAAAAAUUGCGACGAUCGGGGUUGGUUUCUCACGAAGUCUCCUUGAUUAGAGAUAUUCGUGACAGAGAAUUCUCUAUCUUCACAGAUGCUGGCAGGGUGUGCAGACCACUUUUCAUUAUUGACAAUGACGUUGAUAGCACCAACAAAGGUAAUCUGGUCCUCAAUAAACAACACAUUCAGAAGUUGGAAGAGACUCAGGCGAUGCCAGCAAACAUGACCCCUGAACAAAAGGCUGACGCAGGAUACUACGGCUUCCAACAACUUAUCGAGGACGGUGUGGUUGAAUAUUUGGAUGCAGAGGAAGAAGAGACUGUUAUGAUAGUUAUGACCCCCGAGGAUUUGGACAUUUCACGUCAACUUCAAGCUGGGUACCAAAUUCGUCCCGACGAGAGUGGUGAUCUCAACAAGCGUGUUAAGGCUCCAGUGAACCCCACAGCACAUAUUUGGACACAUUGUGAGAUUCAUCCUAGUAUGAUUUUGGGCAUUUGCGCAAGCAUUAUUCCUUUCCCAGAUCAUAACCAGGUAAGAUUAUGGUGUUUAGCUACAGUGAGUAUAUUGGUUAACCUUUUUAGUCUCCUCGUAAUACUUACCAAUCUGCUAUGGGUAAGCAAGCUAUGGGCGUCUUCCUGACGAACUUUGAUCAGCGUAUGGAUACUAUGGCAAACAUCCUCUACUAUCCUCAGAAACCCCUCGCUACAACUCGUUCCAUGGAGUUCUUGAAGUUCCGUGAGCUUCCAGCAGGUCAAAAUGCUAUCGUUGCUAUCGCUUGUUACUCGGGAUAUAAUCAGGAAGAUUCCGUCAUCAUGAACCAAAGUAGUAUCGAUCGAGGUCUCUUCCGAAGUCUGUUUUAUCGUGCAUAUACAGACCAAGAAAAGCGAAUUGGAAUGAACGUUGUAGAGCAGUUCGAAAAGCCUUAUCGUUCGGACACUCUCAAAUUGAAGCAUGGUACAUAUGACAAGCUGGAUGAGGAUGGAAUUGUCGCGCCGGGUGUUCGUGUAUCUGGAGAGGACAUCAUUAUUGGGAAGACUGCACCUAUGGCUCCUGAUGCUGAAGAGCUUGGACAACGCACCAAGGCACACACAAAACGUGAUGCCUCUACGCCAUUGAGAAGUACCGAAAAUGGUAUCGUUGACCAGGUUCUUAUUACAACUAACGCCGAGGGCCUGCGUUUUGUCAAAGUUCGCAUGCGUACAACAAAGAUUCCUCAGAUUGGUGACAAGUUCGCUUCUCGUCACGGACAGAAGGGUACCAUUGGUAUCACAUAUAGAAUGGAAGACAUGCCUUUCACCUGCCAGGGCAUCGUACCGGACCUUAUCAUCAAUCCCCACGCCAUUCCAUCUCGUAUGACCAUUGCCCAUUUGAUCGAGUGUCAAUUGAGUAAGGUAGGUACUCUUCGAGGAAUGGAGGGUGAUGCAACUCCUUUCACUGAGGUCACUGUCGAUUCGGUGUCCAAACUCUUGCGCGCUCACGGAUACCAAUCUCGUGGUUUUGAGGUCAUGUAUCACGGGCAUACUGGUAGAAAGAUGAUGGCUCAAGUGUUCCUGGGACCAACAUACUAUCAGCGUCUUCGUCACAUGGUCGACGACAAGAUCCAUGCCAGAGCUAGAGGACCUGUUCAAAUAUUGACAAGACAACCGGUGGAAGGUCGUGCAAGAGAUGGUGGUUUGCGUUUCGGAGAAAUGGAACGUGAUUGCAUGAUUUCUCAUGGAGCGGCAGCAUUCUUGAAGGAGAGAUUGUUCGAGGUGUCAGAUGCUUUCCGAGUCCACGUUUGUGACAUUUGCGGACUCAUGACACCGAUUGCGUAAGUGAUAUUUCAAAUGGAGACGUCAGUAUUCGCUAACCUAGUUACAGAAAACUUCAAUCCCAGGCCUUUGAAUGUCGCCCUUGCAAGAACAAGACCAGAAUUUCCCAAGUACACAUACCUUACGCGGCGAAACUUCUGUUCCAAGAGCUUGCAUCUAUGAACAUCGCAUCAAGAAUGUUUACCGAGCGAUCAGGAAUUUCGGUUCGCUAAGGAGAGGGGGCAACUGUAAGAACGGGGAGAGUGACAGGACUCGAUUUGCAUGAGUGGCGUUUUAGGG